GUUUGAUUGUAUUCGCUCGUUUUAUGAACGUCGAUGAACUCCCGGAACGUUCGUAGUUUCGCUCCAAUUAUAGGAUUGGUUCGUCGGUCAUGCUACAAUAGUACUCGCAGGAAUAUACUGUUGGAUGACAAGACUAAAUUGAUAUGUCAAGGGUUUACAGGGAAACAAGGAACUUUUCAUUCUCAGCAAACUCUUGCUUAUGGCACGAAACUUGUGGGUGGAGUUUCACCUGGUAAAGGCGGCAGUUCCCACCUUGGAUUACCUGUUUUCAACUCCGUGAAUGAGGCUAAGGAAGCUACAGGUGCGACAGCCACUGUUAUUUACGUGCCGCCACCUCAUGCUGCUGCUGCUAUCCAUGAAGCUAUUGAUGCACAGAUUCCUCUUAUUGUCUGUAUAACCGAAGGUAUCCCACAACAUGAUAUGAUACGUGUACGAAAGCGUCUUUCUGAACAGUCUGCCUCAAGAUUAAUUGGACCAAAUUGUCCAGGAAUAAUAAAACCGGACGUAUGCAAAAUUGGUAUUAUGCCUGCACAUAUUCAUAAACCAGGAACGGUAGGAAUAGUAUCCAGAUCGGGGACAUUAACUUACGAAGCUGUCUUUCAAACUACACAGGUUGGUCUUGGUCAAUCCCUGUGUAUUGGAAUCGGUGGUGAUCCAUUUAAUGGAACAAACUUCAUCGACUGUCUUGAGGUGUUUUUAAAAGAUCCUAAUACAAAAUCAAUAAUCCUGCUUGGCGAAAUCGGUGGUGACUCAGAAGAACAAGCUGCCGAAUUCUUAAAAGAGCAUAAUACUGGUCCAAACCGCAAACCAGUUGUAUCUUUUAUUGCCGGUGUUACAGCACCACCUGGACGUCGUAUGGGUCAUGCUGGAGCCAUCAUUUCGCUAGGUAAAGGUGGUGCUAAAGAGAAAAUGGCAGCUUUAGAAAGUGCAGGUGUUGUUGUCACACCUUCCCCAGCUCAAAUAGGUAAAACUCUCUUGCAAGCCAUUGCAGAUCUUCCAAACUCGUAAAUAGACUUAUUUAUCGUCAAGUUUUCUCGAAUAUAUCGAAGAUUAUCGCGCUUCUUAUUAUUUGAUUUUUCAUAUUACUUCAGUCAUCAUUGUUUCACUGAAAAACGCCAUCAAUGUUCUAUACGUUGAGUAUCUUAUCUACAUUGCUAGUUCUUUUUUUGUACUAAAUUGUUUUCACUUGGAUUCUUUUCCACAUGUUUAUGCGAUUAAAUAUUCGACUCGAUUCAGUAUACCACCAAUUCUUCUUAAGUCAGUUUUGAUAAAUGAAUGCGUUGUGUUUUAUUUCAUAGAAUUGUAUCUUAUAUACGUGUUUUCAUUUUUGUAACUUUCAUCUCUUUUUGGUAGAUAUUAAAAUAGAAGUAAUGUUUUGUGCUGCUAGCUAACAUUAAAAAAUGAUGUUAUCAAAAACUGUUGGUUUUUUCAAGGUACAGCCCAUCAACCGAUAUUACUAGUUGAGAUUAUUUCCUCAGUCAUAGCACCACUAUAUAUAUAUAUAUAUAUAUAUAUAUAUAUAUAUAUAUAUAUAUAUAUAUAUAUAUAUAUAUAUUCUUUUGAUUACUACUCAAAAGUCAUUUUGAUUAAUAUAAUCUCUAAAAUCAC